AUGGAUGAUAUUCCAAAUCAUUAUAGAAAAUAUUAUGUGUCAUAUAAAAAAAUAAAACGAACCAUUAUAAAGAUGAGUAGAAAAUAUAAAAAAAAGUUAGAAAAAGACUUAAUACAAAAUGCUGCUAAAAAGGUUGAUAAGCAAGGAAUAAAAAUGUUACCUCCAUUUUUAUUUAAUGAUAUUAUAAGUCAGGAAAUAAGAAAGGUAAAUAAAUUUGCAGAAAAUAAAUAUAAUGAUAUAAUUGAUAAUUUAAUUAAUAUAUACAAAUUAUUAAAAUCAUUAGAGUAUAAUAAAAGUGGGAUUGAAAAGGAUGAUAUUGAAAAGCAGUUAGAUUUGAUAGGGUGUGAUAUAAUUCAUUUUGAUUUUUAUAUUCAUAAAAAUAGUAAAAUAAUAAUGAAAUUGGGUUUCUUUUUUGAUAAAGUAAUGAAUAUAUCUAUUAAUCAAUGGUUGUUAUUAAGUUUAAUAAAAGAAAAAUUUUGUAACAUUAAUAUAGACAACUUAAUUGUUUAUUUGUCCUUUUUAUAUACUUUACUUCGUUCAUUAAAUGAAAAUGUAGAAAAUAUGAAUAAAAGUAACAAAUGGAAGCCACCUGAUACAUUCGAGAGAACCUCAACAAAAUUUUUAAUAAAGUAUGAUGAUAUUGUUUAUACAAAAGUAAAAAUUGUAAAACAUUUGCCAUAUUUAAUAUUUGAUUUUAGCAAUGAAGAUUUAGAAAAUCAUUUUAAAUAUUUUAUAAAAAAUGAAAAAUAUAAAUCUUUUAAUGUGAAGAAAAAUAUGAAUGAUAAUGAUAAUAGUUUUAAACAAUUUAAUGAAUCACAACAAAUAACGUCUGUUUAUUUUGAUAAUAAACAGGCUAGUUGUUAUACUAAAAGAAUUCUUAGAUAUGAAAAUGCUCAGUUGAUAAGAUUUCGUUGGUAUAACGAUAAUGAAGGAGAUCCUAAUAAAACUAUUUUUAUUGAAAGAAAAAUUCACCAUGAAGAAUGGACAGGAGAAACUUCAACAAAAGAACGAUUUGAAUUAGAUCAAAAAUAUGUAUUAAAAUUUAUGAAUGGAGAAUUAAAUAUAAGAGAUUUCUUUCUUAAAAAAUUAAGUAAAAAGAAAAAAGAAUUAUUAAAAAAUAACAAUAAUAAUAACGAAAAUAAUUUUUCUCUUGAAGAAAGAAUAAAUAAAAGUAUUCAACUAGGUAGUGAAAUACAAAGAAAGAUUUUAAAAAAUAAAUUAGAGCCAAUAAUAAGAACAUCUUAUUUAAGAUCAGCUUUUCAAUUAACUAAUGAUAAUGCAGUAAGAAUAUCUAUAGAUACAAAUAUAUCUAUGUUAAAUGAGUAUGUUGAAAAAAGAGAACAUUGGUGCAGAUUAGCUGAAGAGGCUCUUGGAAAAAAUGAAAUUAUUAGAUUAAAUUAUGGUAUUAUAGAAGUAAAAUUAAAAGUUGAAAAUAUGCCUGAAUGGAUAAAUAAUAUAUUAAAUUCUAAUAAAUCAAUUAAUGCAUAUAAGUAUUCGAAAUAUCAAACUGCAAUGGCUUUAUUACAUUCUGAAAAAAUUAAAUAUAUACCUAUUUGGAUAUAUAAAAACAUUCAUGAACAUUUUAAGUCAUCAAAUAAUCUUAGUAGUUCUAUGUUAAAAAAUUCGUGUAAUUAUCAAGAGGGGAGAAAAGAUCUACAUUCAGUAAAUAUAAAUGAAUUAUCCAAUAAUCAAAAAUAUAAAAAUAAUAUAACAUCGAAUGAUUACAUGAAUCAAUUUAAUUUAUCAAGGUAUAAUACUUUACAGAAGUGGAACUUACUUGAUAAAACUUUUUUUUGGCUAAAUAAUAAAUAUAGUCAAAAAGACAAUAAAAGUAAAAAUAUCAAUUUAUUAAAAAUUGACCCAAAAAUCAACUUUGCUGCGGAAAGAACAUUUCUUCAUUAUUCUCUUAUGUCUGUUUACAUUAACUUAUUAGCUCUUUUUUUAGAAAAAUAUAAAAAUAAAAAUAGAAAUUUAGACUUCAUUAUUAUUUUACUAUUUUUAGCUUCAUUCAUUUCUUUAAUAUCAUCUUAUGUAGCUUAUUUAAAAAGAAUUGAUACUAUCCAAAAGAGAAAAACAAGAGAACCUUUGAAAGGGCGUCUAAGAUUUGAUAGUUUUUUCAGUCCAUUAAUAUUCCUGUUACUUCUUUUUUUCUCUAUUAUUUUGUCAUUUUAUUUUAAUUUUAAAUUUAAAACAAAAAGAAUACCAUGA